AAUACAAAGCGGGUAAAUCUAUUUUAUUUCUCGUACAUCGUAUAAAGCCCGGAGACACAGAAAAAAUGAGGACAGUGAAAGGAACAACUUUUUCAUCAUUAUCAUUAGUUGUGUUCUGCUGGUUUGCUUUUGUUAUUGUGUGUCAACGGACGGUGUAAGCUCAGUCUUUGCCGCCGGCGAAGUACGAUGGGUUCGUGUAUAGUAACCGCCGAGUAGACUCGGACACGAUCAUUAUCGAGGCGUUCUUCGACCCGGUCUGCUCCGAUAGCAGAGACGCAUGGCCCGCUCUCAAGCAAGCUAUUCAACACUACGGUCCUCGCGUUAUGCUCACGAUUCACCUUCUCCCUUUGCCUUACCAUGACUAUGCGUUCGCUACUUCCCGUGCCUUGCACAUUGUAAACCUGCUCAAUCCUUCUGCUACUUUCGGACUGUUGGAGAGCUUCUUCAAGCAUCAGGAGAGGUUUUUGAGUGACCAAACACUCAACAUGUCGAGAGUUGCUGUUGUGAAUGAAAUCAUGAAGUUUACAGCAGAAUCAGUUGGGAACUCCUAUUAUUCUGCAAUUAAAUCAGGUUUCAAUGACAGCAAAACUGAUCUCAAAACAAGAGUUUCUUUCAAGUAUGGUACCUCAAGAGGAGUGUUUGGGACACCUACUUUCUACAUCAACGGAUUUGCAUUGCCUGAUCCUGGCUCCGCAAUAGACUAUAAGAAAUGGAGAAGCGUCAUUGAUCCAUUGCUUGCUGCACAGGGCAGAAAGAGUGGCAAUUCUCCGCACUUAUUUUAAUGAAGGAUUCAGCAAUAUAUUAGGACACAUUCUUCGACUGGUAUUUGCUUGAUGUAUGGCAGUGAAUGAACACUGUUCCAUCAAGUAGAUGCCAUGGACAUAGGAUUCUAAAUAAAUUGUUACGAAAUAAACCCGUAGUCUUUUAUUUUUAUUUAGUUGUUUGCUUAGAUUGGUUUUUAUUAUCACAUUAUUGGCAUUGAUUUGGGAGUUUUACAAGUAGAUUUUGUACUAAAUAAAUGGCUAAUGAUGUAGAAAUUACGUAAUGAAAGUAACUUUUGUGCAUCA